AUGAAGUCCUUCAUCGCUCUUCCCCUGCUCGCCGCCGCCGCCCUCGCCGCCCCCCAGCUCGAGGCCCGCGACGACGCCACUACCAAGCCCGUCAAGGAGGCAGACACCUCGCGCGCCGACUGCUGGAAGAAGGACCCCAACGUGCACUGGAUGCUGCCCGCCAGCGCCACGCGCAACGAGGACUGCACCGGCACGAUCGAGUACUGCCUGCGCGGCUUCUACUCUAGGCACGGCGAAGAGUUUGACGACGCCGACGCCUGCCUGCGCUCGCGCGGACUCGACCCAGCCACCGCCGUCGAUGCCAUGCGCAUCGUCUCCCGCGACGACUACAGCAAGGGCUUCAGCGCCCUGCAGGAGGCUAAUCAGAUCUACAACCGCUAUAUGCUGCUCACGCAACUCUCGCGCACCACCGUCUCGGACGAGAAGGACAAGGAAGCCAACGACUUCAUUAAUCAGAUCCUGUGGUCUAACGAGAACCGCGUGGACCAGGCGCGCAAGGCGAUUUCGAAUGCAAAGUCCUACUAUAAACGUGCGUUUGGGUCGAAGCACGACGACGAGGUUGAGGCGGGCAUCGAGGAGGCAAAGCGCAAGCUGAAUGCGGCGUGGGCCGAGGUCAAGGACAAGGACGUCGAGCAGCUGCGCAACAUGUACGACUGGUUCAAAGAACGCUCUGAGGAGAAGUACUACCACAACUGGUAA